AUGUUUCCAACAGAGUUUGUAUGCCAUGUCUGCUUCAAGAACUCUCUUGUUAACGUUAAACCAAUUGCUUCUUCUUCUUUACCCUAUUUAACCAUUCACUUUAAUCUCAGUAUAGUACAACAGUUUUGGUAUAUAAGACCUAAUGAUCAUGAAUCCGUAUCCCUAGGUGCAACACUGGACCCUUCAACCAACUCGACCCAAAUUAUUACCCAUCUUUCCGAUACCAUGCUCUAUGAGAAACUCGAUCACGCUAUAUCACAACUGUUAAUGGGCAAGUUUGAAGAUCAACAACACAUUAUAGUUGAACUAACAACUCGUAAGUUGCAAAGGAUCACGACUACUGAGAUGUCAGAGGUAUGUGUGGAUGUGGAAUUACAGAUUGAUCACUACUGCGAUGGUAGAAUUUUGUCAGCAUUGGAAGAAUCAUCAUCUGUGGAUGGAAUGGUACCGGCUAGUGAAUCAUCGAUAGAGUUGCUAGAGCCGAUGGAAGCUGAUGAAAGAAAUAGCAACAAUGAUUGUUCGGUAUGUCUAGAUGAGUUAGGGGAGGAAACUGAUGUACUGCGGUUGCCUUGCUCUCAUAUGUUUCAUGCUGAGUGUAUUACAAAGUGGUUACAGAAUAGCCAUUACUGUCCUCUUUGCCGCUUUCACAUGCCAACCGAUUAGACAAAAC